CAUGAGUGCUAGUGGUUUUAAACAGCCAUAUCAUUUGUGCAAAGUGCAUCAUUGAUUUCCUAAACAAGCCAUAGCAAUUAGGUAGCAAGAAUGGGAGCAAACUUUUCCCACCUUGGUCAUGCAUGCAUUUGUAUCAAUCCCCCUCAACUCUCAACUCUAAUCUCCAUGAAUCCCAAACUCUCACUCUCACUCACCAUUUGACAACAAUUUCACAGUACCACACACACAUAGUAGAGGCAGUCAUGUCAACAAUCACCAUGCUUAAGCUUCUCUUCCUGAAUGUGCUCCUCUCACUCUCAUUCUCAGUCUCUCUCAACCAAGAAGGUCUCUUCCUCCUAAAGGCCAAGCUCCAUCUCUCUGACCCUUCCAAUUUCCUCUCCAAUUGGAACCCAACCGACACCACCCCCUGCAACUGGACUGGCGUCUCCUGCCACCCCAUCUCCGCCGCCGUCACCUCCCUCCACCUCGACAACUCCCAGCUCUCCGGCCACUUCCCCACCACCCUCUGCCGCCUCCCCUCUCUCACCUCUCUCUCCCUCUCCAACAACAACCUCAACUCCUCCCUCUCCACCACCGCCCUCUCCGCCUGCACCUCCCUCAACCACCUCAACCUCUCCCUCAACCUCUUCUCCGGCCCCAUCCCCGACACGCUCCCGAACCUCCCCCACCUCCGCCUCCUCGACCUCUCCUUCAACAACUUCUCCGGCAGCAUCCCAACCACCUUCGGCAACUUCCAACACCUCCACUCCCUCUCCCUCGUCUCCAACCUCCUCACCGGAACCAUCCCCGCCACCCUCGGAAACAUCUCCACCCUCCAAGAGCUUCAUCUCGCUUACAACAACCUCCUCACUGGAACCAUCCCCGCCUCCCUCGGAAACCUCACCAACCUCGAGGACCUCUGGCUCGCCGGCUGCAACCUGGCGGGUCCCAUCCCGGUCUCUCUGGGAAACCUCUCUCGCCUCCGCAACCUCGACCUGUCACAAAACAUGCUCACCGGGACCUUACUGGAAGCCCUUUUCGCCGAGCUGAACAGCAUUGUGCAAAUCGAAAUCUACCAGAACUCCCUCUCCGGCGAGUUACCUCGCGCCGGAAUCGUCAACCUGACCCGGUUAGAACGAUUCGACGCUUCGUAUAACGAGUUAACCGGGACGAUUCCAGACGAGUUUUGCAAGCUGAAGAAACUGGGCUCUCUCUACUUGGACGUGAACCAGCUCCAGGGUUCUCUGCCGGAGUGCAUAGCAGGGUCUGAGAGCUUGUACGAGCUCAUGCUAUUCAACAACACGCUCUCGGGUGAGUUACCCAAUGAUCUAGGAAGCAACUCGCAGCUGGAGAUCAUCGACGUUUCGUAUAACCGAUUUUCCGGCGAGAUUCCGGCGAGCUUGUGCUGGCGAGGAGCGUUGCAGGAGCUUCUACUGCUUUACAAUUCAUUUUCCGGGGGGAUUCCGAUGAGUCUGGGGAACUGCACGAGCUUAACGAGGGUUAGGAUUGGGAACAAUAACCUCUCUGGUGUUGUUCCUGAUGGAAUUUGGGGCCUGCCCCAUUUGCGUCUGCUUGAGCUUGUUGAAAAUUCGCUUUCUGGGUCGAUUUCAAAUGCGAUUUCUGGUGCUCAGAAUCUGUCAAUUUUGUUGCUUUCGAAGAAUCAGUUUUCUGGGUUGAUUCCUGAGGCAAUUGGGUCUUUGAAUAAUCUGGGAGAGUUUGUGGCCAGCCAUAAUAGUCUUACUGGUUCGAUUCCGGUUAGCAUGACCAAGCUGAACCAGUUAGGAAGGCUUGUUCUUAGGGACAAUCAACUUUCUGGAGAAAUUCCUCAGGGGGUUGGUGAUUGGAAGAAGCUCAAUGAGCUUGAUUUGGCAAAUAACAGGUUAGGUGGGAAUAUUCCUAAUGAAUUAGGAACCUUGCCAGGGCUUAAUUUUCUUGAUCUCUCUGGAAAUUUGUUAUCUGGUGAAAUUCCAAUUGAGCUGCAGAAUUUGAAGCUUGAUUUCCUGAAUUUGUCAAACAACCAGCUUUCUGGGGAGAUCCCUCCUCUUUAUGCCAAUGAGAAUUAUAAGGAGAGUUUUCUAGGAAAUACAGGCCUCUGUGGUGAUCUCCCUGGACUGUGUCCAGGCUUGGGCGAGAGUAGGAAUAAGAAGUACGCGUGGAUUUUGUGGUUCAUAUUUGUACUUGCUGGGAUUGUGUUAAUCACUGGGGUGGCCUGGUUUUACUUUAAAUUCAAGAAUUUCAAGAAGAUGAAAAAGGGAUUUAAAAUUUCAAAGUGGAGGUCAUUUCAUAAGCUAGGCUUCAGUGAGCAUGAGAUUGUUAAAUUGAUGAGUGAAGAUAAUGUAAUAGGCAGUGGAGCUUCAGGGAAGGUUUACAAAGUGGUGCUGAGUAACGCUGAGGUGGUGGCGGUGAAGAAAUUGUGGGGAGCAACUAAUGGAAUUGACGGAUUUGAAGCUGAAGUUGAAACCCUGGGAAAGAUUCGGCACAAGAAUAUUGUGAGGUUAUGGUGUUGCUGCAGCAGUGGGGAUAGCAAGCUCCUAGUUUAUGAGUACAUGCCAAAUGGGAGCUUAGCUGAUUUGUUGCACAGCAGCAAGAAAAACUUGUUGGAUUGGCCAACUAGAUAUAAAAUUGCUUUUGAUGCUGCUGAGGGGCUUUCUUAUUUACAUCAUGAUUGUGCACCCCCUAUUGUUCACAGGGAUGUGAAAUCUAGCAAUAUCUUGCUAGAUGGAGAGUUUGGAGCGAAAGUUGCAGAUUUUGGAGUUGCCAAAAUUGUCAGGGGAGUUAACCAAGGGGCAGAAUCAAUGUCUGUGAUAGCUGGAUCAUAUGGUUACAUUGCACCAGAAUAUGCUUAUACUCUUCGGGUGAACGAAAAGAGUGAUAUUUAUAGCUUUGGUGUGGUCAUUUUGGAGUUGGUAACCGGGAAACCUCCAAUUGAUCCAGAGAAUGGGGAAAAAGAUCUGGUGAAUUGGGUUUCCUCCACAUUAGAACAUGAAGCACAGAAUCAUGUGAUUGAUUCCACACUUGAUUUGAAAUACAAGGAAGAAAUCAGCAAGGUGCUGAGCAUAGGGCUUCUCUGCACAAGCUCAAUUCCUAUAAAUCGCCCUUCAAUGCGUAGAGUGGUGAAAAUGCUGCAGGAAGCAACUGCAGUUCCCAAAUCCAGAAGUGGAAAACUCGCUCCUUACUAUCAAGAAGAUGCUUAGCAACAACUACCCCAAUUUUCACUUCAAAUUUGGUACUAAUUGAAUAUUAGUUCUUGGAUCUUGAUAAUUAGGUGAUAGUAGUUAGAACAACAAUUGUAUGAAAUGGUAAAAGUUCCAAGUUCUGUCAAUGCCCACUCUAUCUAUUUCCUACCUAAAAUUCAAAAUCCUCUAAUAGAAUAUCUACAUGGUAUUAAACUAUAAUAAUCAUGCAGGAAGUGGUUAUCUGCAAAUGCUUACAACAUGUUUCUCUGUC